GAUGAAGAACGUAUUGACGGAAAGUGAGAGAGGACAUUUCGCGUGUAUGAUGCACACACGUGAAACCCACGAAAACCAACAGUGUUUUUAAAACGUGUUUUAUUUAUUAAAAAUGAGCGUAACAAGAGAUGAACACAGCGGAGAGGCAGAUGACGAUAGUUCUUUCCUCGAUCAAGUUCUGAACAAGUUGUAUGAUUUUGGUGAUGGAAAAAACAAAAGAUUGAAAAAGUCUAGGAAAAGAAAGAACUCGGCUAAAGAUGACAUGAACGAUACUGAGGAAAAUACAGAUACUGUCUGUCAUAACACAGACUCUGAGCAGCUCGUGACAAACACAACAGUAUGUGAAAACAUGCAGUCUGGAGCUGAACAAUCCAGCGUGGAGGUGGUUACAUUUAUUGAUCCUCUGAAGAAGAAUAAAUUAUCAAAGCCUGUUGAACCAAGGCAGAAGGUUCCUGAUGUCAAAGAAAAUAAGAAAAAAGGCUCAGAUGAGAAACUAACAAUAGAAAAGGCUCGGUUUGAGGUUCACAAGUUUGGACUGACAGGGUAUCAUAAGCAGCAGCAGAGGGUCUUUGAGCAGGACAGAGCCGUCAUGCUGGGAGCCAGACCCCCUAAAAAGGAGUAUGUUAACUACAAAGCAUAUCAAGAAAUAAUAAAAGAACAGAAGAUAAAAGCGAAAGAGGAAGCAAAAUCUGAACCACAUAAGAAAAAAAGGAAAGAUGGAAAAUCAAGGUUUGAGAAAAGGAAAUCAUCUAGCGGAGGAGACAUUGGUGGACAAGUUGGACGCUUCAAAGAUGGAAUGCUGGUCUUGAGCUCAAAAGACAUUCAGAAAUUAAAAGUUAAAGUGAGAAAGUAACGGUGGAUGAGCGACUGAAAUGAAAGAACAUUUAAAUAUGUUUAAAAUUUCACAUUUUGACUUGACUGAAAGUAAAAUGUGCCAUACUUUACCUCAGUCAUUUUACGUAUAACACAUUCACAAUAGUUUCUUUUUUCCCUCAUUGUUUGUCCUACUGACAUUAUGCAGCUUACUGAGGUGUACUUUUCUACAUGAUUUGACCAAUUUUAGGACCCAAGCCUUUUCUGUUGACCCAGAUAUUAUAAAUAAAUCGCCUUAAAUCA